AUGACCGUCACUGUUGUGGCUACCCCUACAGCGAAGACAAAACGUCGCGACCCCCUAACAACCAUUAACAUGGCAACGUCCCAGGCGCAGGCGCGUCCUGCGUCAUCUGCCACGGGUAAAGCGGGUCGGAAAGGGACGAGGUCGAGUGCGCGACUGAGUCUGAACAGUCAGGAGAAGAGCGAGGAAAAUUCAACUCGCGGGAAAAGAAAGGGUUCUUUCGAUGACGAUGACGAUGAUUUCCAGUUCACCCGCAUCAAGAAAUCAAAACCCGCAGUUGAAACUAUUCCCGAGCUUCCUCAAUCCGUACCUGAGAAAGCUGCCCCGCAACCGUCGCCCAAGCGAGGCCGCCCCCCGAAAAAGCGACCUGCAGAGAAGUCGGAGGCUGUUGCGGAGGCAAAUCAUACGACGGAAUCUCGAACAAAGCGAUCAACGAGAGGGGCAGCGAGAGGGACGGCGAAGCCCGCAGCGCCCGAGCCAGAAGCUCAAACACAAGCGCAGUCACAACCACAAACACAAACGCAAACGCAACCGGAGAGUGCUACGCGCUCAACGCGCAACCGUGACCACACUGAGCCAGUACCAAAGGAAAAAGCAGUACCAAAGGAAAAGGAGAAAAAGAAGCGAAGAGGGCGACCGAGCAAAUCGAAUGAGCCGGAGCGACAAAACGGGUUCGUAUCUCCAGAGCCUCAGAAGACUGGGACGGCGACGAUUGCACUUCCUAUGGCCGACACGCCGGUUAUCCAGCGGAAUAAGGAGAUGAGAGGGCAGACAAAGGCAGGAAAAGGAAAUAGGCGAAGUAGCUUGGGUAUGCGAGGACGAAGAGCUAGUUCCCUUAUCGAUUCUGGGGCUUCAAAUGCCCUACCUCACAAGGAGGUUGGUACGGCGGAAUUCUACAAGCACAUCGCCAGUGAUGGAUUGCCAGAACCGAGGAGGAUGCGUCAACUUUUGACUUGGUGCGCAACUCGCGCGAUGGGAGCGAAGCCUUCUGGAUCGGGUGCUGAAGAUGCUAGUGUGCAUCUGGCAGCGCGUGUGAUCCAGGAGGAAAUUUUAAAGGAAUUCUCCGUCAAUUCAGAGCUAUCGAAUUGGUUCUCUCGCGAAGAUAUCAACCCUCCAUCCGUCGUGGUCAAGAAGCCGAAUCCGAAGAAUGUGCAGAAUACGGAGAAAAUCAAGGAACUAGAGGAGCAAAUUCAGAAGCUCCAAAAGCAGAAGCACUCCCUGAAUGCACUCCUCCGGUCGUCGCCUAUUCCACCGAUUAAAGCCUCGAAACAGCCGGACGCUACACCGAAUGGUCAAACCGAGCAGCUGCCUCAGCCUGACUCAAUCGAUCUUUCACUUCUCGAACCCUCCCAACUCAAACUUUAUGCCCUAAUAGACCCCGACGCAGCCAAGCGACAUUCAACCGUGCAGACCCAAGAACCAGAGCCUCCUUCAGACGCCACUACUCUACCUCCAAUCACCCCUUCAACAAUCUCUACGCGUUUAUCCCGUAUAAAAUCUGGCCUUGCACCAACUUUGGAUUCCUUGGCAGCUGGCGUCCAUGAUAUCGAGCUUUAUCGGGCAAUGUCCGACAACGUAUCGUCACGGAUCCUGCGCAUCUGUGCCGAGCGAUUAGAUGAGCGCGAAGCCAGAAAGUCCCUGGGGCGACUAGCAUUAGAAGAACAGGGAGAGCAGAAAGACCUCAGUCUUCGGCCACGAGUCCGAGAGGAUAUUGGAGUAAUCCUCGGGGCCCUCAGCCGGGUCGAAAGACGGUGA